GAUCUUGUGAAAAAUCACCUGAUGUACGCGGUGCGGGAGGAGGUGGAGGUUCUGAAAGAGCAAAUUAAAGAACUGUUGGAGAAAAACUCCCAGCUGGAGCGUGAAAACAGCCUCCUGAAGACCCUUGCCAGCCCCGAGCAGCUGGAGAAGUUCCAGUCCCGGCUCCCCGCAGAGGUGCUGUGCCCGGAGGAGCAGAGCCCCGGGGCAGCUGCCCCGGCCCAGCACUCAGGGGGCUCUGCGGUGUAA